AUCGGGCUUCGCAUUAUCUAUAACCUACAUACAGCCUACAUGCAGCCUACAUACAACCUACAUAUAACUUACACCUGCAGGUGAUUUGCAUUAGUGGCAGUCGUAUGUCGCACCCGCCAGAAGGGUGUAAUGCCUGUAUCCGCCUAGAUGCCGAGCCGUUGGCAACCCAACCGCAUGUAGGCUGGCACCUAUCACGAUAGGGCAGCGGAAGCGUCAUAUGAGUUAAACCAAUGUCAGAUGACGAUGCGAUCUAAGUUGGCUGCAUGCGGAUUGGUGUGGGAUGUUCCAACGUGUCGUAGACGGACAGGUUAACAUACGCGGGGCUGUUCCCGUAUGACGGGUCGUCGAUAAAAUACCUAACGAUCGCCCCCCUUAGGACCCAGUUUCGAGUAAUGCUUCUCCAGGACUGGAUCGUGAUUCUUGGAUCCGAUUCGUGAUACCAUAGUCUGGGCCAUCUUUAUGCUUCCGAAAUGUCCGUGAGCUCUACAACAUUGGUAGUUACCGCGGGCCCGGAGUAUUCGAGUGUCGUAAGGAGACAAGUCACGUUGACGCAGACUAUAACGUACCCAGAUGCGACAUCUACCGCUGUCGUAACUCUCGACCGAGGCGCCACACCGACCGACACUCCGGCUCCGAGUUGGAAUGCUGGUGCCGCUUCAUCCGACGGUCUCAGUCAACAACAGAUUGGUAUUAUCAUAGGGUGUUGCCUCGGGGCUGCCGUUCUCGGGAUGAUCUUAUGGUGCUGCUGCACAAAUAGAUGUGGUUGUAGGCCUUAUAGCGUCUAUAACAACGGCGAGAACGAUAUAAUCUAUUUUUCGGAUGAUAUGGAAGAGGUUACCAUUGCCGAGCCGCAAAGGAGUUACUGGCCAGGAUUCCCUCGAUCGAUAUCCCCACCGGCUACCCCGACCUAUGUCGCAACGGAUACGGGUCCUCAGUGGACGGCGUAUGAGGCGUCGAGAAGAUAUUACCCAAGCUAUUAUGAGGGCUAAAGAACAUCGUGACUUAUCGAGGACUUCAUUAACAUCGUUAAUGUUCAACUGGUUGCCUGUCAUAAUGUUUCUACGCAAAGCAAAGGACCUACGUAUAGCUCCCAGGCGAACCCGGUUAAGUACGCGUGCUAUGGAUUUUAAACAAUUUGGACUUUGGUUUCUUGAUGGAGAAUGAUACCCCUUUUAAAGCUUUUUAAUGCUAUUGUAAACAUUCAUGGCUGUCGGAAAAGCCCAUGUAUGAACUUGGAAACAACCGCAUGUAUAGGGGCUACGAUUACAACCCUUUUCUAGACAAAUAUAUACCCACAUUCCCAAAUUUAUUUUAUACCUAUUUCUUCAGAAGCACGUUGGGGGUUUGUUUAGGCACGCCAUUCCAUUCGUAUUAAUAGUAGGGAUGGCCCUACAAUAUCAUAACCACAUAAUUUUCAUAUCGUUUACUUUCUGGGAAGACAUUCCCUACAGAGCAAAUAACUUAGCAAUGCUACGAAAAUACAGCAUGAUGGGGUUGCCGUGGCCUACUAUAUAGUAUUUUCGAUUUCUUCAUACUUAUACUCGUAUUCGCA